AUGAAUCCAGUCAUGGCUAGAACCUCAAACAACAUCUCCUCUAAGAGACAUUUUCAUUGGACAAACAAGGUUGGAACUGAAGAAGGUGAUGCUCACACUUCAGAAUCAUUUUCUACACUCAUUCAGAAGGAGGACUUAGAGCGGGACAAGGUUGUUGAUCUCGAGCCUUCAUCAGAUGAUGCUAAAGCCACUACUACAAAUGCAGCAAGGAGGAAGCUGAGAGCCGUGGCGAUCUCAAGGCUUCGUUCGGCUCUCACUGUGUUUGGCAAGAACCGGUCGAACACGCCGUUCGGCCUCGGGUCUCGUGUAGUUGGGACGCUCUUUGGAUAUAGACGCGGGCAUGUACAUUUUGCUUUUCAGAAGGACCCAACUUCCCAAGAAGCCUUUUUGAUCGAGCUUGCAACGCCGAUCAGCGGUUUGGUUCGCGAAAUGGCAUCCGGGUCGGUAAGAAUUGCUCUGGAAUGUGACAAGGAGAAAGAAGUAGAGAAGAAAGGUUUGAGGUUGCUGGAAGAGGGUAUGUGGAGAACAUAUUGCAAUGGCAAGAAAUGUGGUUUUGCUAACAGAAGAGAAUGUGGUCAAAAGGAGUGGGAUAUUCUCAAAGCUGUAGAGCCAAUUUCAAUGGGUGCUGGUGUUAUACCAGGAACAGAAGCAGGAGCAGAGGGUGAACUUAUGUACAUGAGGGCAAAAUUUGAGAGAGUUGUUGGGUCUAGAGAUUCUGAAGCUUUCUAUAUGAUGAAUCCUGACAGCAAUGGUGUUCCUGAGCUCAGCAUUUAUUUGCUUAGAGUCUAG